AUGAGUACAACGGGCGAGCAAUUGACUCUAGCGAAAGACAUAAAAAGGGCCGUAGAACUGUUGGAAAAGUUGCAGCAAAGUGGUGAGGUACCUGCCACAAAAUUAGCAGCUUUGCAGAAAGUGCUUCAAAGUGACUUUUUAAACGCGGUUAGAGAAGUCUACGAGCACGUUUAUGAAACUGUUGACAUUCAGGGUUCGGCAGAUAUUCGAGCUUCGGCAACGGCCAAAGCAACAGUAGCAGCAUUUGCGGCUGCAGAAGGUCAUGCUCAUCCACGAGUUGUUGAGCUUCCAAAAACGGAAGAAGGAUUAGGAUUUAAUGUUAUGGGAAGGAAAGGAACAGAAUUCACCUAUAUACAUAUCUCGAAUCAUCCCUGGUGGAGUGGCAGAUCGUCAUGGUGGGCUGAAAAGAGG